AUGAUGCAUACAUUAACAAUAUAUUUAUUAUUAUUAUUAUUAUUAUUAUUAUUAUUAUUAUUAUUAUUAUUAUUACUAUUAUUAUUAUUAUUAUUAUUAUUAUUAUUAUUAUUAUUAUUAUUAUUAUUAUUAUUAUUAUUAUUAUUAUUAUUAUUAUUACUAUUAUUAUUAUUAUUAUUAUUAUUAUUAUUAUUAUUAUUAUUAUUAUUAUUAUUAUUAUUAUUAUUAUUAUUAUUAUUAUUAUUAUUACUAUUGUUAUUAGUAUCAUUAGUAUUAUUAUUAUUGUUAUUAUUAUACAUUAAUACAUAG